UCUCUCUCUCUCUCUCUCUCUCUCUCUCUCUCUCUCUCCUCUUCAGUGGGCGACUCGAGACUUACUUGCUCAUGGCGAAAAUAGUGACUCAUCGCGUUUUUUUCGUUCACGACAGACCAUGUUUUGCUCCCAGCUGUUUUAUCAAUGCUCAGGAACGCGUGGAGAAAUAGUGUUCAGCAUAGUGGAGAGAAUAUUAGCUUGUCUUCGUGUGUGUGUGUGUGUGUGUGUGUGUGUGUGUGUGUGUGUGUGUGUGUGUGUGUCUGUCUUUGUUGCGCAAUGGUUAGCCUCACUCACUCCAUCCCGUUCGUGUGUGUGUGUGUGUGUGUGUGUGUGUGUGUGUGUGUGUGUGUUUGCAUUUUACAAUCUUGAUGUGUUCUCAUGCUUGACCAUGAAUGCAAAUUAUAGAACCAAGGAGAGAGAGAGAGAGAGAGAGAGAGAGAGAGAGAGAGAGAGAGAGAGAGAGAGAGAGAGAGAGGUGCACGUACGGCGCAGUUACCUCACUUGCCUUGAAAUCCCGUCGUCUCGAAAUUCUGGACUGUGGACUCUCGUUUUGCGUCAGCACAGAGAGAGAGAGAGAGAGAGAGAGAGAGAGAGAGUUGGAAGGAAAAAAAUAAGCAAACUAUGAGUGGCGUGUCCUUUAGUGGAUGAAGGAGGAGGUUGCGGUCUGUGUACUAGAAGGGUAAUGCGUCUCGCAGCCUCCCCAGUCGUCACGCAUCCCAAGACAUAUUGGCCAACUGUUUGAUACCAUAUGUUCCGUGAGCCAUCGACGUUUCUCUCACUGUUCAGGGCGCUGUUGAGCCUUAAAACACCGCCCUGAUCACGCCCCUGCAUAAGGUGUGUCUGGAGUAGCGUUGCUCUGUAGUUUAUAUAUAGUCCAACUCGGGGGCUAGUUUCCUGAACAGUGGAGUGUAAGAGGAGGAGCAUCAGCCGUGGGGUUGGCAACACUGGUCAGAAAACGUGCACCCCCAAGGCCGCAACUGACGCGAGCCACCCCGCUCCGCUCUCACCUCCUCCCGCACGCUCUCCACCGACACCCGCCACCCAGCCUUUGCCUCACAAUGGCCCCUUACAUUCCCAACGCAUGCAGGCAAACAGGCACUGAUGGGAGGCUGCUGGCACGGCUGUCAUCUCCACUCCAUGAGCUCCCGGCAGGUGAUGCUGGAUCGACAGUUUUGCGCCUGGUGAUUGUGGAACAGUUUUCAAAUUUUACAACUGGCGGAGCGAGGCGUGAGUCAGCAGGAGAUCAUCAUUCCCUGCCGCAACAAUGGUACCUCCAAGUUCUCCUUCACCUUUCAGCCCAUCCAGGAAAGUGGUGGGCCCCAGGGAAGCUUUGAGUUCAUCAAGCAGCUCAGCCCCAGAGCCCUGGAGUCCCUUGGCCCCAUGGUGGCCAGACUGUGGAUCCAUGCAAAGGAUGACACCUACGAGAAGACCCGGAAGAGUAUGGAGAACGCGCAGAAGCAGGGCAAAAUGAACUGUGUAAAGGAAGUAACCAAUGCUGCUGCUAACCCCUUUGUGAGGCAGCGGCCAUCGCAUGGCAAGAUGAACAUGGUGGCACCUCACAAGAAGAAGGAUAUAAUGGGGGAGCAGAUUUCCUCCAAGUUCAGCUCCAACAACUCCACCUCCCCCCACCGGCACCAGAGUGGAGGCACCACAGGACCCCCUUCAAACACAAGCAAGCCCCCACCUCCCCCUCCCCCAAAUGUCAAUGGUAGAAACAGCAACCCUGACUUGGUGCGGAGACCCCUGAGGGAGAGAAUCAUCCAACUCCUUGCUGUCAAGAAUUACAAAAAGCUUGAGCUCAUCAACCGGCUGCACAGUGAUGGAAUCAAGGAAAAAGACCGACGACAAAUGAACAGUGUGUUGUUGAGCGUGUCACAGGUGAAGGAAAACUUGCACCACUUGUCCCGACACUUGUGGAGUGAAGUGCUUGAGGACUGGCCUUUCUACACGGAAAAGGAAAAGGAGGCAGUCAAAAGGAAGAAGCCCCAGCAGAUACUGUCUGCCAGUGACAGCAACCACUCUCCCACCUCAGCCCCACCCCUGUCCCCCUCCUCAGAGCCUCAGGGAGUCAAGCGGCCCCAUGAGGAGCAACUUGAUCCCACUGCCAAGAGGCCCCGAGGAGGACGCUGGAACGGUUCGUCCAAGUCCUUCAGGAGAAACGAUGAGUCCUUCCCUGCGAGCAAUGAGGUUAAAUCUGAGCCUCAUUCUGACUCCUGGGCGUCCAGCAAACCAAAGUCCACCACGCCGAGCUCCGUCCUAGAGCACCGGCAGGAGGCGAGGAAUGGCCGCCACAACAAUCAUCAUCACAACCAUCGAGACAGUGGCAGCCGUGGCACCCUCACCAAUGGUACCUCCAACAACCUGGCUGCCAAUGCCAUCACCACUGCAUCCACCACCUCUGCCACCAUCACCACCAGUCCUGCCAGAAAGCCUUCCUCUACAUCCCCCCUCAACCAGGGAUCCUCCCCUCAUUCCCACCAUCACCUCAAUGGCCUCCAUCCCCACCAUAACAACCAUCACCACCAUUCCUCAGGUAGCCACUCCCCCAUCAAUGGGGUCACCAAUGACCUUACCAAUGGCCAUGCCAACCACCACUCCAGGACCAAUGGCCAUGUCACACCUCCCAACUCCUCUCCAGACAGCCUCAGUGGGGAAGACUCACCCCCAGCAUACUUAAGGAACUACACAAGCAUAGUCUCUUCUGAUCAACGGAGCAGAUACAAGGCAGACUUCAAUCGUCAGUAUCAGGAGUAUCUUAACUUACACAGCUUCAUUGAGGAGCGGACCAGACCCUUCACUGACCUGGAGGAGCAGCUCAGGAAUGAAACUCUUGGUUCCGAGGAGUAUAAUACCAUACGAUCCCGGAUCCUGAGGCAGUAUGAAGCCACUCAGCAAGAUCAUGACUUCCAGAAGAAGAAGAAGAGGUAUAACUACUUGCAUGAAAAGCUCACCCAUAUCAAGAGGCUGGUCAGAGAUUAUGAUGCCAAUACUCAUUCCUAGCACCGGUCCCCCACCCCUGCCCCAUCCCACAUCUGGCCCUCUGGUCCCACACAGUCCUGGAGGGGGGGGAGGGACCUGCAGUGUAGACCAAACUGUGCCUCAGCCUUCAUUCAAGGUACCAUUCAUGGCAAAAAAGGAAGAUAAAAAGUACUUGGCCAGAUCUUGACUUCCAGUGAUACAGCAUAGAAAUUAAGGAAGUAGAGCUGAAAACACUUUUCAUUAACUAUGUGUUGUGCACCUGGAGCCAGACUUGGCCCAUGUGUGACUUGUUAAGUUGGAACGACACAAGAUGAGUCUCCUUCCUAAGUUUCAUGGUCACCCAUAUUUUGAAAAGAAAUGGGUUGGGCAUAGGAAAAGAGAGACCGCGGCCAACUAAAACAAGCUUUUAUGCGCGUGUGUGUGUGUUUGUGUGUGUGUGUCUGCAGAAGCCAGCACCUGGUGUGCACAAGCCAGUUGCGAGCACUUGGUGUGUUCUUAGGAGCUCCCCCCAUCCCUCCCCAUACUUCCAGCUGUGUUCUGCCUCCCUCCCCCUCCCCUCAGAACCCAUCCCUCACCUAAUUCCUCCCACUUGUGACCAGAAACUUUGUUGUGGGGGCAGCAAGCAGAAGUCGGCCUCCCUGGGGUGGGAGAUGGACCGCCUGGAGGCCAACCAAGAGCCAGUGUCAUGCUGGGUAUCAAGAAGAGAAUCUACAAGAUAAGAUUCUCUCUCACCCAACACUGAUGCCAGACCUGCCAAUAUUGUAUAAAGUGAACAUUGGAUGUUACAUAUAUUGUAUAAAAUAUAAAAGUAUUCUAUUUUAGUAGAGUACUGAGUCAGCUGCAGACAAGAGUAGUCCCCCAAUAACUUUGUAUGAGUGUAUAUUUUAUAUCAUUCCAUGAGAAUUUGCCCCAAAUAUGUAGGCUAUAAUUCAAUUUGAUUGGUUGCAGAACAAUGUCGGGUGGGGAUGAUGUAUCUCAUGCCUGACCCUAAAAUGGAAUACAUUGUGAUAUUUUGCAGUACUGUCAGUACUGAGCCUGCAGCAUGGUGGGAGGUGUUCCUUGUCUCACCACCAGCAGAGGCUCACUUGGGCACUAGAUGCUCGCUCAAUGGGCCAAGCCUUGGACAUGAGGCUUGGUUUGCCAACCCUUUUGAAAAAAUAUCCCAGCCUUUUUGCCAGUUACAUGCUCACUCAUCCCGUGCGGGGAGUGGGGAAACUACCUACUUCAAUUUGAACAGAAUGACACCCGUGUGACUUGACUGCUGACUGACAGUAUGACAAUAGGGACUUUAGGAUAAGCAAAAAGACAGAGUAUUUCCUGUUACAGUAAUGAACUAGUAAGUGAAGUGCCACCAGGAGGAAUUUCAGCCAUUGACACAUUAAUUCAUGGUAUAGUUAAUUUUUAUAGUAUUUGAAAAGCUACUUAAUAAUGUGCAAUGGGAUAAAUGAAAUUCAGAAUUGUUACCCUUAUUUGCACAAAGAAAUGGAGGUUGAUUGAGAGUUAAUUUGUUAAUUAGUUUGUACAAUGAACAAUUAUAAAAUAUCUAAGAACACAAUCUGCUCAUGCUCACUGACAGUAUAGUUUUUUAGUGUACAGUUAUGGCUUCUGAAUCUGUGAGAAAAUUAUGGUUGCAUGAUGUUGGUUUGCUGUAGGAUUGCAAUUUGUUGGUAGGUGUUGAAGUGGUGUCGUGAUUGGAGGGCCGUGACCUGUAAGUCAGUGUUGUGAUGCCUUGUGGUGCAGACCCACAGCUUUUCACUAUUUUAUGUGGCCUCAUUCCAAAGCACCUUUUAUGCAGAUAUGUUCGUAUAGAUGAUUGAUGCACACGUAAACAUAGCCUUACUCAUACCAAACUGCCUCAUACUCAUACUUAGGGUGACUAAUUUUAAUAAUGCCAAAUUCAGAUUUACAUCUGUUUUAGAUGCAUAAUAGUACAUAAUAAAUACACAGAAAAAAAUGGUAUUAAAAGAAAACAUCUUGAUAGGAAUAUCAUGUUUAACAUUUUCAAAUUAGGAAAACAAAGUACGAAUCUUUUCUUCACAAUCAUGAGUGAGCCGUACUUGAAAGAGAAGAAUGUAAUGAUGGUGUUAAAAUUUUCAGAAGAAAGUAAGAAUUUGGCUCAAGCAUGUAGAUAGCUCUGUCUUUUCUAAAUAACAAAGAAAAGAUACACAAUGACGUAGCAUAAGUCAGAACAAAUAUUGUUAUCCAUGCAUUUAGAAAGUGACAGCUUUUAUGCUAAUGUUAAAAUUUUUAAAUGAAAGAUCAACUACUAUUUAUUCUUGUUAUUGAAAGCUGAAGGAAUAGAAGAGGUAAUGUGACAAGGCAGCCAGUGGAAAUGUUUGUCAAUCUGUAAAUGUUAUGUCAUUCGUGUUUCUCUAAAACUUUUUUGCUCAUUACGUACAUUAAGCACAGAAUGUUUUCAUCUUCCACUUGUGUUUUAUGAGGAAGAAAGUUUAGGUGGCAGUUUGCUACCAACACACUCUAUCAUGUUGUGUUCACAACUGUGGCUGAACAGUGCAGUGAGAUAACCCCUCAAGGCACUCUGAGGCUUGGGUUUACAGUGCUCCAGCUGUAUGCAUUACCUCAAAGCUUGUUACAUGCAUUACAAUUGAUCCACAUUAUUUGCCAAUUUUAUUGUCACAAUUGUAUGAUAUUUUUCUGAGCAGCACUAAAUUGAUAUUUCCUAAAGGCAACCUCAUCAGCAUACAGCAAGAUCUGAUGCACAUGCUAUCAGUCUGAUUCCUAGUGCCAGGUGUUGAGCAUGUUCUUCAUGCUUUGUGGGUUGGCUGAGGACAUUUUUAUUUUUAUUUUUUUUUUAUUUAUUUAUUUUUUUUUUUUUUAGCUAUAUCCAGAUAUUUUCAUGAUUGCAUUCUUAAUCUUUUAAAAAUUUAUACUUACCACUGUAUUAUUGUUGUCAUACUCUAGUAAGGCAUCAAUAGUUUAUCAUAUACUAGUCACACUAUUGCUGUAGAGAGAAUCAGUCUGCUCACAGUUAGUAGGCCUCUGUGCUCUUAGCUGAAACACAGGUGACCUUGGCUUAUGGUCACAUCCUGGGAUUGGCCAAAAGUUCUUUAGACUAAAAGACCUGUUCAGUAUUUUUGGUGUUAGAAAGAGCUUUGCUAUUUCCUCCUCUUGGUGGUCUUACAUGUGAAGGAGGAAAGGUGUUGAAUGUCACAUUGUGUUGGAGGAAACUGGUAUCCUAUAUUUAUUUGCUCAGUAGAACAAUAAAGGAAAUGUGUAUUGAAUGACUCUUCUGACCUCUGACAAGACUGGUGACCUUAGAUCUGUUGACAAGGACUUUCAAUGCCUACCCAUCAUAAGGUGCCAUAUACACUAAUUCAAUACUUAACACAGGACCUUUGACAAUAGUUGAGUCUUGUUGACACAUUUCUUAGCUUUUUUGGGGGAGGGGUGAAUUUCUUGUUCUUAUUCCAUGAAAGGAUGCUGAAACUGUGGAAGUGGUUUGUUGCUGUGACCACAGUUGAGAUAGCUUAGAAUAGAGAUGGUCGAGGGCUGAGAGCAAAGUGUGCACAAAGGACUGCUGUGUCCACAAGGCUGGUGUCAUCAUGCUGUACACCACAGGCUCUCCCACUCAAGUAGGGUUGUUGGGUCUUGUUGUGUGUCCAGGUCAACAUGUAAAUAUCAUUACUAUUGUAAUUAUUGUAAGGUGAACAUUCAUGUGUGUUUACAAGACACAAGCAUACCCUCUUUUUUUUUCAUAGACACAGGUACCAAAGUAUAAAUAUUUAGAAUAAAAUUGAAAAGUUUUGCUCAAGUUCAUAGAUUAGCUGUGUGAGGGGGCACUUGUCAGAGUAUUGUAUGUUAUUAGAAUGAGAGCUCUUCAUUUUGUGUAGUCAGUGCUCAUACAUAGAAGAGAUCACUCUUCAUACACAGUGGCUUGGUGAACAAAAGCAAGAAUGGUUGAAGUCGUUGGAAGCAAUAGUGUUGUAACAGCAUCUUGACAACAGCCUGAAAUCUGAGGUGGAUCUCAGAAUGUGCUAAGUGACUGAUAGAGGACACUCCAGCAUUGACUGUCUCAUGUUCAGGUUGGUUAGAGAAAAUCUGCCACCUGCUGAUUCUUGACAAGCAGUAAUAAUUCAGCAGAGUGCCUCUGACAAAGGCCUGAGUGCUUAUGUAGUUCUUUUCCUCUCACAAAUUGAAUUCCUGUGUCUCUUCAGUGUUAAUUAAGGUUGCUGAAACCUGGUGACAGUAGCCCUGCUCAGUGGUGAGAGAGUCAGCAGCCAUCAUAGUAGUACCAACAAGGUCCCAUGGUUAACUUCAAAAGUUGUGCAGUAUUUUUGUUUACUUGCAGCAAAACUCUUGUUGACUUCAGUGCUUCAUUGGAAGAUACUUUGAUCCAAUUUCAUCAUGCUCUGACCAAUCAUUUUGGAGUUUCCUUAACUUAAUGCUCUAGAAACUGUGCCUUUGUGAAGGAGGCAUUCCCCCCAUUUUUUCCUUCCCCCAGGAUAAUAAUGAACAGAAUGAUGAUAACAUUGUCCAUAAUGUAAUAUAAUGGUUGUACAGAGUGUGGGUCCAGGCCCGCACGACACACCCAGCGUCCCAGUGUUGACGACCGCUGCCCGGCCAGGCCUCUCCAUGCUUCCACUAUUCCUGUACAGUUUUCUUUAGCUUAUUAUUAUUGUUACUGUAAUUAUUAUUGCUUUAAUUUAUAUGCAAAUAAUGUAGGGGUUAAUAUUCAGAAAGUGGGGUAUUGGUGUGAAAGAAAAAGAAAAAUUGAAAUAAAAAGUAACAUUAUAUCAAAAUACCAAAAAUAAGUUCUGCACAUUGCAGCUCGCUGUCCCUGCUAUGAUGCCUACUAGCAAAUAGUGUUAUCAUAUAUAUGGGUCUUAAUACUUAUACAGCAGCAUCACCAGUGGCUACACACACACACUACAGUAUUAUUAUUGUCCAAGUUGUCUGUGGGUGGAGGCCCCUGCACACCUGCCCUGCCUACCUCAUGGCUUUGUUUUCCAAGAAACUAAUUUUGUAUUAAUUUAAUUUGAAUUAUUUUGGUUUGCUUUGAACUAAACCAAGAAGAUAAUUUUGAGUUUGAGGUUUAGCUUGAGUGGCAAGGAAGGGUGCUGGUGGUCAGGGGAGGCUCACUCCACACUGCUAACAACGCAUUACCAACUGGUGUUUGACAGAUAAUCAAAGGAAAGAUCUUAGCAACAUGGAUCUCUGAGUUGAUGACUGGAACUCACAUAAAUGAUUUUUUCUCUCUCCAGUUUAGACACUUCUAUUUUACUUAGGAAAAUUUUAUAAUUUUCAUGACGUGAAAGCCAAGAAUGGUUGUGUUAGCAAUUACUGUGUCAGUUUCCUUUAGUGACUGCAGAAAUGUGUGCAUAAUGCAAGGAAUAUUCCUUGUCCAGACAAUAUCAUUUGUGUCCAAUGAGGGGAAUUUCAGCGGUCCAUGUUUUCCUGGUGCAGGAAGCUGUGGUAGACCACUGUCCAUGUGCUGCGGGUCCCAGCUGUGUCCAAAACUUAAGAACUACCGACCAUAUGUUCUCGUCCAAAAGUAAUGUUUUGUUCAGUAAAUUUUCCUUGUUUACUAGCUGACUGAUGAACAGUAAGUUGAGAAAGAAUGGACAGGAUGUGUCUGUGGCUACAUGUGUGGCAGGCUGUGCCCACUCUGCCUCCUAGACACUUUGUAUGCGAGAGCCAAACUGUAUGUGAGGUGCCAAACUGCUGGUGGACAAGGGCUUCAGUGAAGGCCAAUCAACCAAUAACAAAAUGGCUCUUUGAGUGUCUUCUGGCAUUGAUUUUGGAGUUUGCAGUCCUAUGGAGUUUUUAUGUAUGGUUAGCUAAAAUUCAAUAGUUAUUUGGUAACAAUCUCAUACAUGUAUUAAAAAUCAUCAAACACUGCCAAAUAUUGCAGAUGCCAUUUAAGUAAUACUUUAAUAAGACCAAAUGUCUAUGCAAAAUUGAAGGAGAGUGAUGCAGUUUUACCACAAGCAGUGCCUCGUCCAGUGUUUUCUUGGUGGUUUGUGACUGAUGCCUCCUGCCUGAGGUGCAUCAUGUGGUGAGGAAUUGGAAAAAAACUCCGCAAAGCUGAUGAUAAUACUUGUGACGACUAGUGCUUGGCAUUUAUCUGUAAGUUUUUGCCCAUAUGUAUACCCUGUGAUAUUUCUUUACAAAGGGUUCCUGUGUUUUUUUUUUCCUUUUUUUUAUCAUGAACCAUUUUGUAAUCCUGUGAUUGUCCUGGGCAGGAACCCCGACCCAGAGUUACAGUCUGUGCCGCGCUGACCCAGGCGGGGCCUCAUCUGGGCAGGGCCGCCCAGAGCUACAACCUCUGCUAGGAGUGGUGUACACAAGAAAAUGAUAAAUAAAAAAAGUAUCAUUAUUGCAUGCAGCAAA